GGCACGGUGUGGGCAGAGCCCCGUGCUUACAUCACCGCUGCUGGGCUGAAGGCGGCCGUGGGACGUGCGGGUCCUCGUGCCCGGGGGAGGGGGGGUGCGGGGGGGAUGAUGCCCGUGUUGAACUCCCCGGUGGCACAGAGAGAGUGUGCGGGUGUCAGUCAGCAACCCGAACCAAUGGGUGCCCGGUAGGAGCUCGCUAACUCAGUCUCCCUCCCACUGCAAACAUUGGAUUUAAACCUGCUCAGCAUUCAACGCAGACGAAAGCAGCGGCGGCAGCAGCAAGCAAGCAAGCAAAUCAGCCGCGAGCCGACCGCAGCUCCAAGAUGUACCAUCCUGCCUGCUGGAUCGUCUUCACCGCCACCACUGCCCUGCUCUUCAUCCCAGGAGUGCCCGUGCGCAGCGGAGAUGCCACCUUCCCCAAAGCUAUGGACAACGUGACUGUGCGGCAAGGGGAGAGUGCCACGCUCAGGUGUACCGUGGAUGACAGGGUGACGCGGGUAGCGUGGUUGAACCGCAGCACCAUCCUGUAUGCUGGCAAUGACAAGUGGUCCAUAGACAACCGCGUGGUCAUCCUCUCCAACACCAAAACCCAGUACAGCAUCAAGAUCCACAACGUGGAUGUGUACGAUGAGGGGCCCUACACCUGCUCUGUGCAGACAGACAAUCACCCCAAGACGUCGCGCGUCCACCUCAUCGUGCAAGUCCCCCCUCAGAUUGUCAACAUCUCAUCAGACAUCACCGUGAAUGAAGGCAGCAGUGUGACCCUCAUGUGCUUGGCCUUUGGGAGGCCAGAGCCCACUGUCACAUGGCGGCAUCUCUCUGGGAAAGGGCAAGGCUUUGUGAGCGAGGACGAGUACCUGGAGAUCACAGGCAUCACACGGGAGCAGUCGGGCGAGUACGAGUGCAGUGCUGUCAAUGAUGUGGCCGUCCCAGAUGUCCGGAAAGUCAAAGUCACUGUCAACUACCCGCCGUACAUCUCCAAUGCCAAGAACACAGGCGCCUCAGUGGGCCAGAAGGGCAUCCUGCAGUGCGAGGCCUCGGCCGUCCCCGUGGCAGAGUUUCAGUGGUUCAAGGAGGACACCAGGUUAGCAAACGGGCUGGAGGGCGUGCGGAUCGAGAGCAAGGGCCGCCUCUCGACGCUGACCUUCUUCAAUGUCUCCGAGAAGGACUAUGGCAACUACACAUGUGUGGCCACAAACAAGUUGGGCAACACCAAUGCCAGCAUCAUCCUGUAUGGGCCCGGAGCGGUGCACGACAGUGGCAACGCAGCCUCCCGGGCGGCCGCUGGCCUCUGCCUCUGGGCCACCCUCCUCGCUCGCCUCCUCCUCGACUUUUGAUAAGGGAGUGGAGGGUCCCGGGACGGCCGCCCGGGGACUCCUCUCCGUCAGACGGGCACAACGCCGGAGGACGGGGAGCGGCGCCAAAGGGCCGAGGACGGCCACGUCUCCCACCUGCCGGGAUCAUUCUCGCCGCCAGUUACGCUGUACAGACCCCACCACGUGCCACCAGACUGUCACCCGCCACCGUCGCCUGCCCAUCGAAGGGCAAUGCUGCACCGAGCCUUGUCUGCCGCCUUGUCCCUCCUUGCAUCGAGCCGGCUGCGGGCGAUGUGCCCCACGGAUGGGGUACAGCGUGGAUGGGGCUCCCCGCUGACACCUGGCAGGCGUCUUGGUGACACCAUGUUGGACACGGGUGUGGUGGGUGGGGGCCACCCGGAGCAGUCGCUGGGGACGUCCAUCUCGUCGUCACAUUGAGACACCUAUGCCCAAACAGACCCUGAAGUUGGAGCCCUGCGUCUGCCUUGCACCGUCUCCGUCCUGAAUGUGAUCUCUCACCACCAAAGCUCCUCCCAGACCAUCUCCUCGCUUCUCCAUCCCCCGCUGCUUCCCUUCUGCACUGCAGCCCCUCUGCCCUGUGCCCAAGGAUGUGUCCCUGCCCAGAGGAAGCUCCUCUGGACCAGGGGCACUUGAGAUGCUCACUGAAUUUCCAGCUCCUUGCUCAAUCUGACAGCUAAGGCACUGCAGCACUGGCACUGGGAGGAGGCACUAACCAACACAGGCAAGCACCAGGCAGCAAACAGAGCCCCAGCUGCAGCUCCAACACGCCUGCUGCCACCCCUGUGUGCCAGGAAGUGUGGGACCACAGAGUUCCAUCUUAUGGGUGCUUCAGGUCUCCCUAAGGGCUCUUCCUACACUAUUCAGGCAAAUACCUCCGCCUGUCCCAGCAGUGGUGUUUGACCAUUUGGAGACAGCUCAGGCUCCACUGGAAAAAUAAUGGCCGUCAGUUUGCUACACCUACACAACAAGGAUGCCCUGGUGCCUCCAGCUUGUUGCUUGCUGAGAGGCUCCACUGACACGAGAACAUGUGCAGUCAGAACCUUCUCUUUGCUUCCUCUAGCUGCCCCGCAAUGGUCACCUCAAUGGGGCUGUGUUGGUUCUCAGCCCAUGGCCCCACAGUGCUGCAAUGCUCCUUGCAUGGGGGGUAACCUCAAUCCUUAUGCUCUGGGGCAAGGAUGGGAAGCUUUGGGUUUGUACUCCAGGGACAGAACCUCCUACUCAGCUCCAGAGAAGUCCUGCACAGCACUGGACAAAGUGCCAGCAACAAAGGGACAAAACAUGAUGGUAGCACACCAAGGAAGCACACAAUGUCUCCCCUUACCAUGACCUUCUUACCCUGGGGAACUGUCUCCCUGCCCUUCCCUUCUUUCUCCCUCGAAAAGCAAGAUGACUUGAGAGCUGAGGCUGUGUAUCUUUCCCCAUACAAACUCUGCUGCUGCCCUGUUUUCCAUCCUACAGAAAAGAAAGAAAACCCUGGCACAGACCCUGCAAUGUGCCACCGCCCUGUCCUCAUUGCGGCGGUGCCCUCGCCUCAUCCCUCGUCUCUUCUGGGCCUCCUGGGCGUUGCACAAACAAGCACACUUACAACGCUGCUACAAAAGAAGCAGCAGCUGCAAAAUCUGCAGGGAUGCUCCUGACCCCACACAUGGGACACCGACAGUGACAAAACCCACAAAGCCUGAAGACACUGCUCCAGCAAUGACCAGGCACACCAGCUUACCUGAUGGGCAGGGAUGUGGCACGGUGAGCAGUGAGCUGGUCCUGCAUUCCCACCAGCAUCCCGGGAAGGAGUCACAAGCAGCAGCCUGAUCCCAUCUGUGUGCAUCUCUGUGGAGGCGAGUGGCACCAUCGCAGGGGGGCACGGUGGCCCACACAUCCUUCCCCACGCUCUUGCUCUGAGCCCCCCAUCCCAACUCGUUGAUCCACAGAACAAACGGCCCCUCUCCACCCAGAAGCAAGGCAGAAGCAUGCAAAUGUGAUCCCACCACAGCAGUGACGCAUCAACUGCAAGGAAAUAGACAUAACCCCCCUGAGUCCUACCUGGCAGCUCCAUCUCCCAGCUCUCAAAAACUGCGUGGGACACCCCGAUGGGCUGAGUGCCCUGCAAUGCUCACAACCACGCUUGGCAAAGGAUGGUGUCAGCAGGUGGCCCCCUCAUCUUUGUUUCUGGGGCUUUCAGAUGCAUUCCUGGGGCAUGGGAGACGCUCGGCAGUGUCACCCCAGUGCCACCUCCCUGCCCCCCUCCAACACCCCCCAGCUGGCACACAACCCUUGCUUGGCACACUAUUCCGGUGUCCUAUUUCUCUCUCCCUGCAGAAGAAACACUGAACCAGUCCCUGACACGAGGCCAAAGGCCGUGGCAUUGCAGAGACAAGACAUGACGACUACCAGAUGCCCCGAGGUCACACACGACAGCCUCGGGGCCGCCCCGCGCUCCCCGUUCUUCUCCCUCCCCGGGUCGGUUUGGGCUGGCUUCCUUGUCCUCCUCCGUCGGGACGGCGUUCGACUUUCUCGUGCCAUGUAACGUGCAGUUGUGAGGAACGUGUUGGCUGUCCGAGGCCGCGGCUCUGCCGUGUGGGUGGGUGGCAGAGCCUCGUGCCAUCGCCACUCCCCGCGUGCUCGCCUUGCCGGCGCGCGGUCUCCGAGUUUCCGUCGAUCAUUGUAUUCCAAGGGUGGCUAUACUACCUGAGAUUUGUGCAUGUUACAUUGUAGUUGUAACCUUUUCUAAUUCGGCAAGAAUAAGAGAUGGUUGUGAUUGUGCAGUGUAUCAAUAAAGUUUGACGAACUUUGUA